CGCGCCAGCCGCCGAGCAUUGGAAGAAAGUUACCAGCCGAGGGCGGGGCGGAGCUGAGUCGCGACCGGGCCGGGGCCGGGAGAAGCGGGUGCUGCGUGCGGAGCCCUCCGGGGCUGGAGAUUUACUGGGAAAAUAAUGAAAUAAAAUAUGGAGUUUUCUAUACUGGAAUAUAUUUUAUGGACCAUGGGGGAGAGAGCCUAUGCUGUUAAAAGGAAAAGGAAGACUCCAGGAAAUGAGAGAACAGCAAUAUAAUACCAGACAAGAAUUUUCUAUUUUUGUAAUAUAUUAAGGCCGUAGUGUUUAAGAAUUCUUUUCCAGCUCAUGUUUUGCAGUAAUACUUUGUUUCAAAGACAUCACUAGAAGGAAAAGUCAGAUACUGGGUGACAUGCUCAGCAAGAACUUUUAUUCUAACAAAGGUGGACCUUCAGAAUAUUUUUAUUUUAACAUCAUCACUUUUAUGGGGUUUUCAUUCUUUUUUUUAGUCUCCAAAGUUACAAAACUUUUUGUGGGGUUACAAAUUUAGUUGACAGACGGUUCCUGAUAAAUAGCCAACAGCUGCAGAAGACGAAUUCUUUAAGUGGAUGCCAUUGUACUAUCUGAACAGAAUGCCAUGACUUUAAGGCACUUCUCAUAAGUCCUUCUUUGCCUUGUACUUGUCAUAUCCUUAAAAAUAUUGAAAGUGCAAAUAGCUUGAUUUUUAUAUACAUUUUAUAAAAAAUAAUGGCGUGGGCAAAGUUCUUGCGGAAACCUGCAGGUAACCUUGGAAAAGUAUAUCAGCCUGGAAGUAUGUUGUCCUUGGCCCCUACCAAAGGCUUGUUAAAUGAGCCAGGACAAAACAGUUGCUUUCUAAAUAGUGCUGUACAGGUUUUAUGGCAGCUUGACAUAUUCCGACGGAGCUUAAGAGGUCUAACUGGACAUAUCUGUCAGGGAGAUGCCUGCAUAUUUUGUGCUUUAAAGACAAUAUUUGCACAGUUUCAACACAGUCGAGAAAAGGCACUCCCAUCAGAUAAUAUGAGGCAUGCCUUGGCUGAAAGCUUUAAAGAUGAACAUCGUUUUCAGCUUGGCUUAAUGGAUGAUGCAGCAGAAUGCUUUGAAAAUAUACUUGAGAGAAUUCAUUUCCACAUUGUGCCAAGCUGUGAAACAGACAUGUGCACUUCUAAAUCCUGCAUCACUCAUCAGAAGUUUGCUAUGACACUAUAUGAACAGUGUGUAUGCCGUAGUUGUGGGGCGUCAUCCGAUCCCUUGCCUUUUACAGAAUUUGUGCGCUACAUUUCUACAACAGCCCUGUGCAAUGAAGUUGACAGAAUGAUGGAAAGGCAUGAGCGUCUCAAGCCAGAAAUGUUUGCAGAAUUGCUACAGGCAGCAAAUACUACUGAUGACUUCAGGAAGUGCCCUAGUAACUGUGGUCAAAAAAUAAAAAUCCGUCGUGUUCUCAUGAACUGCCCUGAGAUUGUGACAAUCGGUUUAGUCUGGGAUUCGGAACAUUCUGACCUGACCGAAGAUGUCAUGCGGAAUCUGGCAACACAACUUUAUCUUCCUGGGCUGUUCUAUAGGGUUACAGAUGAACAGGCCAAAAAUAGUGAACUUUUUCUUGUGGGGAUGAUUUGCUACACAAGUCGACAUUACUGUGCCUUUGCCUUUCAUACCAAGAGUUGCAAGUGGGUGCUGUUUGAUGAUGCGAAUGUGAAAGAGGUUGGAACAAAAUGGAAAGAUGUGGUCUCCAAGUGCAUUCGAUGUCAUUUUCAGCCAUUGCUGCUAUUUUAUGCUAACCCCGAUGGUACAGCUGUAUCGACAGAAGAUGCCCCAAAGCAUAUAAUUCACUGGUCUCAUUACAAAGCAGCUGCAGGAGAUGACUUGGGAUUUGAGAAGUCAUCCGUUCCAAAGUCAGAUCUCACAAAAGAGAAUGGAUUUGGAGAAUGUGCUGGUCAGAAGAGCAUUAAAAAAUUUCAGACAGACACUUCAGCAUUCAGUAGAAGCCAUAUUCAAGCAAGUGGUGGUAGGAUGCCAGUUAAGUUAGGGCACAGUGAUCAGAAGGACAAAUUAAAGGACAUCUCCAAAGAGUGUGCCCAGAAGGCAGUUGAUAUGAGAAACUUUUCAUCCUACCUAAGAAAAGAUUCAGACAGAGGACCAAGAAGAGACUCUGGGAGACAAAGAGAUCUAAUAGGGGAAGACCACUCUCAUUUUAAGUCAGGAUCACCUCCUGCUGGAAAUGGAUUUAGACACUACACUGAUCAGCGCCUAUAUGGUAGCCAGGGAAGAGGACCCUACAAACAUGAAAGAGUACCAAACCAAACCAGGCCUGCUGCACGUGUCUUAGGGUCAAAUAAAAGAGAAGUUUUUCCUACUGGGGAGAAAAUGAUGAGCAGGGUUAGGGCUGAUAGUGCCACUGGCUAUGAUACAGACAGCAGCCAAGACUCUAGGGAAAAAGGAAGUAUCAGCAGAAGCAGAAACAGAGGUUGGAAACCUAUGCGAGAGACACUAAAUGUGGACAGCAUUUUCAGUGAGACUGAGAAGCAGCAGCAUAGCCCACAGCAUAAGGCAAAUCCAAGCAGUAAACCUAAACAUGAAAAGGAACAGAGCUUUAACAAUUGGCCAAAAGAGAACCAAACCCAGAAAGGGUUAAUGACUAUUUAUGAAGACGAAACAAAACAGGAGACAGGAAGUCGGAGUUCCUUGGAUUCAGAAGGAAAAGGAAAUACUGAGAAAAUUAAAGGAUUUACGGAGAGAAAAGUUCAUGCUGACAGUUGGCAGAUGCAAAGAACUGAGUCUGGAUAUGAAAGUAGUGAUCAUAUCAGCAAUGAAUCUGCCAAUCUGGAUUCGCCUAUUGUUGAAGCAACUAGCCCCUUGAUGUCCAGUGGUAUUAAAGAAACUGUUUCCUGCAGUGACCAGAAUCCGUCGAUCAAAUAUACGGAAAGUGUGUUGCAGUCUACCUCCCAGCAGAACAGAAACUAUUUUGAUGACUUGAGGAAAGACCAAAUGAAUAUGGAAGCUAAUUACAGACCACACACUAACUUUCCUUCAGAAUCUCAGUUGCAGAUGCACAGUCCUCCACUGAAGAGAGUAGAGAUGCCACACAAGAAAAUAUUCCCUUCAUCGACUCUACAGCCAAAUUUUAAGGACCACAUGAAGAGAGAAACAAAGAUCGGCGAGUUAGAUGAACAGAGCUCUUCAGAGAGGCUUAAUCCAGAUAAAUUUGAGAAGAUCAAUAUGCCAGUGUACAGUGCUGACAGCUCCGCCCACCCUUAUAACACUGAACACUUAGUUGUGUGUGGAAAGAGAGUGAACAACAAUGAAUUUCUCUCAUCAUCUCAGCUACAGUCUCCUCAUACAAGAACUCUUGGCUCAAAGUCAGGGCUUGCAUCUUUAGUUCAGCAGACUCUGUUAGAACAAUCCCACACAGAGCUGUCCUCAUCUGGUGAAUGUGCUGUUCAGUCAUUUGGUAGAACUAAUAAUCUUCAGAUUCCAGAAGUGAUUUACCAAAAUCUUCCUCCUCCUUUACCUCCAAAGAAAUAUACUCUGAAUGUUUCGCUAGGAUCAAAAAAUGAAUCUACAGCUGAUGUAAAAUUGCCAGAAGUGUUACAGAGUAAUCCUUCAGGUUUUGAAAGGCAAACAGCUAUUGCUUCAAAAUCUGCAUCAGAAGGUGCAUUUACAAAUGAAGAAAGAUUUAAAGAAACAUUUCAAGGGAAUGAGCACACCAUUCACAAACUGGAUUCCACACCUAGGUCAUCAGUUAAUGACUGUCAGACUGUAUCUGGCAGUAUAUUUAAUAAAGGAUCUCAGCACACAGGACAAAGUGUUAGUUCUCCUGAUGCAAAUGAUAGUGUAUCUCUGACAACCUAUUUUUCAGUAGAUAGCUGCAUGACAGAUACAUACAGGAUGAAAUACCAUCAGAGACCCAAGCUGUAUUGUGCAGACAGUGGCUUCCACAAAGAUAAGCAUCUACCACCAACUGGAAUAGACCUGGGCAUUGUAUACCAUGGUACUCUUGAUUCUAGUCAUCCCACAUCUGAACAGAGAUACAAACCUAGCAUAGAAGGCAUACAUUGCAACAGGUAGAUUGUUAAAUCCAUUUUCUUAUGCAUUUCACAUGGUCUGCUUAUGGGGCAGGAAGCAUGGACUUCUCAAUGUGUGGUGACAGGUAUCCAGAGCUCAAAAGCUUGUUUCCUUUACCAACAGAAGUUGGUCCAAUAAAAUUACCUCACCCACUUUGUCUCUCUAAUAUCCUGGGACGGACACAGCUACAACACUGCAUACUUAAGUAUCCUGUCAGCCAUGCUUUUAAGAGAGAUGACUGUUUAAAUGAUUACGCAAAUCUGGGUGAGCAGGGGAAAAGGUGCUAAAGUUUUGGCCAUGGAUUUGUCAUUUUUCUUGCCUUAACAAUGUUUACCUCUAUGGGGUGAUGCUGAAUGAGUUUGUAAGUCUGUUACAAAUGGCCCCCUUAAAAGUGUGUGCUUGUAAUUUAAUACCUAGGUAGAUCGGUCAGCAUAUGAGAUUAACUAAAUAAAAAGUUGUUCAUUUUACUGGAGAACUUAAUACACUUGUGGCUUAGUGCUCACAGACUGAAAAAAGGUGUAAAUUAACCUGUAAUCCUUUAAACUAGCUAGUGAUAUGCUGAUAAGCACAGUACCAUACAUAGCACGGUACAUAUCAGAACAAUAUCUGCUUUAUGGAACCAUUUUUCCUAAUGAGUAACAAUUUGUUACCUAUUUCUUCAUCUGACUUCUGUGAAAGUCUAAUUUAAUUUCCUUUGUGUCUUUUUUUUUUAAUGCAAGUUUACCCGGAGAAUUGGAUUUUUAGUACUCAAUGAUGCCUUAAUGAGCGAUUUUACAAAUGAGUGUAGUCUACAUGAACUGCAAACAGAACUUUACAAGGGAAUUGAGAUUUUUAAAUUAUCCUAAAACUCGUUGCAUAUUUGUACACUUUUUUAUCCAACUGUUUGCUCCUUAACUUAAAUUGUAGUCAGUGUUCCACAAGCAAAGCUGUAAUACUUUAACUUAUUACUGAAAUUUAAUUUAGCAUGUAAGCUACAAAUUAAUAUAGUAGUCUGCAAUGUGCUGUAGAAACUAAUAUUUUAGGAUAUGAAGUAGUCACAUAGCUACAACAGAUUAAUUUAAGAAGCAGUACAUUUAUAUUUCAAGACCUUACUCUUCAGAUCAGAUUGCAUACAGCUGCAAAAUCAAAUUCAACCCUACUAUGUACCUGUCUUUUCACCUUCCCUCUUGAAAAUACAUCACUGUGGUUCACAUAAACCUGAGCAAAUUUAUGGGAUCAGUCAGUUUGACUUACUGUUACAGAACUUUUUGUCCCCAGGUAGCAGUCUCCCACUCCAAAACACUUCUAGACUGUAUUUUCAAUGAAUGGGUGAAUCGAUGUCCCCCUUUGGAUAGGCUUUUAAUUGAAUCUGCACCCUUUAGAGGGAGGUUCAGAAUUCAGCUUCACUGUAAUCUGUUAAUGCUUUAUACCAUUUGUUGGCCAUUGAAAUAACUAACGUAACUUGUAAUGAACACUACCAAAUCAGGACUGUGUAGAAGGAGUAGUUGAAGCUCAUGGCUUUCUUAAAUGUAAAGGAAAGUGCUUAGAUUUUUAAAAUCGUCUUGGUUCUGAUUACAGUUAAGUGUAAAAUGCCUUUUAGUUCUGAGCUUAAUGCUACAUAUGUCUGUUCUACUUGCCCUGUGGUGAGACAGGUUUAAAUGUUUUUGUACAUUGUGAAUUAGUGCUUCAACCAAAUGGUGACAGUCAUGUGUAUUUUAAGUUAUCCAAAAUAUAAAACAGAAGCUGUGGUUACUUUGGCAAUGUCCUAACAUGAAUUCAACCUAAGAUUUGUCAUUUUUAAUAUAAUGCAAACAUGAUAUGCCUCAGACCAAAUAUCUCAAACCAGUCCCUUUAUACUUUUCAAUCACCUAGUAGCAUUUGUAACUAUCAAUUCCAGAAUUAAUUCUUUCAUCUAAAGCAAAUACAUUCAACAUGUAUGGCUGUGAAUGCAAGUGAAAUUGAACCUACUGAAAUCCUUACAUUCUGUAUAGGGGAUAAAAUUGGGUGGGGAGAAAACUUGAUUUAAAAACACUUGGAUGUGUGACAGCAUGGAAGAUUCCCAUCAUUAAUCUUUUUGUUUUUGUUAAAAAUAGCUUUUAAAAAUGAAUUUUUAACCCAUACCAGAUAGGCAUUACUUAACGUACGCAGUUACUUAAUUAAAAUUACAUAUUUUAAAAACUUAUAGUACUAUGAACUUGUCAAGCUUUUCCAGAAAUCUUGUAUUUGGAAUUGCAGUAUUUUAAUGUAUAAACAGCACAGCAACAACACUGAAUACUAUAGAAGAGCAAACUUAAAAUGUUCUUAAAGGUUCAUAGCAAACAUUCAUACUUCUAUACAAAGAAACAGUGUGAAUGCCUAUUACUAACACAAACAAGUGAAUUUGGUUUCCAGAAAGCUAGUGAGCAUAAUUGGUGAGUUUAUUCAAGAAUAGCUGCUUAGAUUCUUCUGGGGUUCUGAAAUGCAACAAUCUUCAUUGAAGUCACUUACAUGAACAUUGAUCUUUCCUUGAAGCUGUCUUUCCAGGCAAAACCUUUUGUAUGUGACCUGUUUACCAGAUAAGUUAUAUGUACACUAUUAUAUAAUUGACACAUUCAGUUUUUAUAUUUACUCUACAUGCCCUAUGUUUAUUUAAUUUAACUAAUGUGCGAUCUGACAUUGAUUUAGCUAGAGUGCCUAUUUAUUUUUUAUAAAUGUCCUGGUUAUAGAUUUGUAUAAACAUAGACAUUUUGUAAUGUUUUAAUGCAUUUAACAGGUAUUGUAAUAUAUCUUUCAGUCUUUCAAAUUUUAUUUUCAUGCAAAAUUGCAUUUUUCUGCAUGUUCAGACUUAGAUAAAAACUAACUACUUUUGUGGCUUCUACCUCUAUUCUCUAUUAUUUUACACAGGUGGUUUAAAAGUGGUGAAACAAAAUGCUGGAACACCAACUAACUAUUUGCAAAUUAGGUUGGUCAUCUAAGAACAGAAAGAAGAUUUGUGGUGCUUGAGAGUAGUUCUCAGCUAUCUAAGUGAAGCUGUGAGCAUCACUGUUCAAAUAAAACAUAUUGGCAGAAAUACCUGGUGUUUAACAGGGGAAAAAAAAAAAGCUUAGAUGUAGGAAACUUCAGUAUUUAUUCUCUG